ACUCGGCAAUGUUCUCACACUGCGCACCCGGGGAGGACCGUCCAGGACCACAUCGUAUUCGGAGCUUUACCGCCGCAGAUUCAACAUUCCGAGGUACCCGCGGAUCCAGUCCCCGGAGGGUUCCACCCUGUCGAUUUGUGGCGACAGUCAGCUCGAGGAGCUCAGCCUGGAUGAGGGUCGCUCGUCCCUCCCGGGCACCUCGAGGGACGACAGCAGCGAGCUCAGCUUCUAUCGUCGCUUUGUCGAAGGUCACGCCGUUCACGCAACGCAUACUAGACGAUCCUGCGAAAUAUUGCGUCGAGGAAUACCUUCAGAUACCGUCUCUCCGAGAGCGCAGCGCGAACGUAGCGUGUCGGACAGCAAGCUGAGGAAACCGACGU